CAACCUCUCCUAUCAGGACCGGCGGGUUGCUUCUCAUGAUCUAGCCGUUCAUAUUGCGGGGAAGCGUACAGCCAUUCCCGUUGGCCCCCGUCGCUCGCCUCCGCCUCCGCCUCGCCUCCUCGCCCGAGCCCACCUCGCCACCGCCUCGGAUGCCCACCGCCACCUUCGCUGCCGUCUCCCGCUUCCUCUCGCAGUCUAAUUUGCUGUGCCCGGCGAGCAAUUAACGCCCGAAACACAGUUGAUUCUUCUGGAAUUGAAAAAGGUGGAACCGUCAAAUCAAAUGGAGAAGUCAUCGUACGCGUCAAGGAGCUCCGGCGAGGUAUCCGCCGCAGCUUCCGUCGGCGGGAGGCCGGUGAGGGUGAUACCGCUGCGGCACCCGCCGGAGGCGGCGGCCCGGGGGUCGACCUCCUCCUCGUCGCCACCGUGGUGGCGGGCGGCGGUGGGAACGGCUCGGGGCAUGGGGCCGCUGGAAUGGGCGGAGGCGGCUCUCCCGUGCGUGGCGUGGAUGCGGAGGUACAGGUGGAAGGAGGACCUCCAGGCCGACCUCGCCGCAGGCAUCACAGUCGGCGUCAUGCUCGUGCCCCAGGGAAUGUCAUAUGCAAAGCUGGCUGGGCUUCACCCAAUUUACGGGCUCUACACAGGGUUUGUCCCGUUAUUCGUAUAUGCAAUAUUUGGCUCAUCACGGCAAUUAGCAGUAGGUCCAGUGGCACUUGUUUCUCUGCUUGUAUCCAAUGUUCUUGGGGGUAUAGUUAAUUCAUCUAGUGAGCUGUACACAGAAUUAGCCAUAUUACUGGCAUUCAUGGUUGGGAUAUUGGAGUGCUUGAUGGGAUUGCUAAGGCUAGGUUGGCUUAUUCGUUUCAUUAGCCAUUCUGUAAUAUCUGGCUUCACUACAGCAUCAGCCAUUGUUAUUGGUUUGUCCCAGAUCAAGUAUUUCUUAGGUUACAACAUCACAAGAAGCAGCAAAAUUAUACCACUUAUUGAGAGCAUAAUUGCAGGAAUUGAUCAGUUCUCCUGGCUUCCAUUUGUCAUGGGAUCAAGUUUUCUUGCUAUUCUUCUAAUUAUGAAAAAUCUGGGAAAAUCCAAUAAAAGAUUGCGUUUCCUAAGAGUUUCUGGCCCCUUUACAGCAGUUGUGCUUGGAACAAUUUUUGUGAAAAUUUUCCGUCCACCAGCCAUAUCAGUGGUUGGUGAAAUACCACAAGGUCUUCCAAAGUUCUCCAUUCCUCGAGGAUUUGAGCAUCUAAUGUCACUUGUGCCAACUGCAGUACUCAUCACUGGUGUUGCCAUUUUGGAAUCUGUUGGGAUUGCUAAAGCUUUGGCUGCAAAGAACGGGUACGAAUUGGACUCCAACAAAGAGUUAUUUGGCCUUGGCAUAGCAAAUAUAUGUGGUUCAUUCUUCUCUGCAUAUCCUGCUACAGGCUCCUUUUCUAGGUCAGCUGUGAAUCAUGAAAGUGGGGCAAAAACUGGGUUAUCUGGAAUCAUAAUGGGCAUAAUCAUUGGUAGUGCUAUCAUGUUUAUGACACCAUUAUUUACUGAUAUACCUCAGUGCGCAUUGGCUGCCAUCGUGAUUUCUGCUGUCACUGGCCUGGUAGAUUAUGAAGAGGCCAUCUUCUUGUGGGGUAUUGAUAAGAAGGAUUUCUUUUUAUGGGCAAUCACAUUUAUCACUACAUUAAUUUUUGGCAUUGAGAUUGGCGUCCUUGUUGGGGUUGGAUUUUCAUUGGCCUUUGUAAUCCAUGAGUCGGCAAACCCACAUAUAGCUGUGUUGGGCCGUUUACCUGGCACCACAGUGUACAGGAAUACGUUGCAGUACCCUGAGGCUUACACGUACAAUGGGAUAGUAGUUGUUCGAAUUGAUGCACCAAUCUACUUUGCCAACAUUAGCUACAUCAAAGACAGGUUGCGCGAGUAUGAGCUCAAUCUUCCGAAUUCAAACAGGGGACCUGAUGUUGGAAGGGUCUAUUUUGUUAUCCUCGAGAUGUCCCCUGUUACAUACAUCGACUCGAGUGCUGUUCAAGCUCUUAAAGACUUGCACCAAGAAUACAAAGCGCGCCAUAUCCAGAUUGCCAUAGCAAACCCGAACCGGCAGGUGCACCUUCUGCUGUCAAGAUCAGGCAUCAUCGACUUGAUCGGUUCUCAAUGGUGCUUUGUGCGAGUGCAUGAUGCCGUGCAAGUAUGCCUCCAGCAUGUGCAGAAUUCAUCACCAAGUGUGAUGAAGCUGGCAUCGCAGGCGUCAGGGGACUUGGCCGACUCCAUUCCAACUCCCAAGGCAGAGCAGCAGCAGCAAAUGCGGUAUGGUUUCUUCAAGAACCUAUGGAAGGCACAGGAUGGGAACAGGGAAGCCGGUGGCGAAGUGCAGCCGCUGCUCCGUCAAAACCUUGUGUAAUAUUUGGAGGGACGGCCGCUCUCACUGGCCUCAAUAUGUAUGUUUUUUUUUUUUGACUGGCUAUCUGUAUGUAUUUUUAUGCCUUCGUUGUAGUGAUGAAAAAAAAGGGAAGCACGCCAUUAUUACUGCGUCACUUUUCCCCUUAUGAUACCUAUAGGCUAUAGGGAUCUAGGAUGGCUGGAAAGGGCUGGAAAAGGACAUUUCCUGUUCUGUGAUUAUAUGAAGCAGGAACAGUUGGAACUUAAUAUGACAAUUGUGUACUUGGAUCAAUUGAUAGAGCAGAAAGAUUCAAAGGUUUGAGUGAACA